AUGAGCAAACAAAAGCCAAUAACAACUGUUAUCAGUGGUGCAGCAGCGAUGCCUAGCACCACCACUAUUACCAUCGCGAACAAUCGUGCUGCUGUUGUGAGGUCUCGACCUAUGCGUCGGGUUCUUCAAAAUUUCCGGCUUCUAUGGCUUGAUGCCAAUUUGGAUGAAUCCAAGGACGAUUUCAAGAAAUCGUUUCGACGUCUGCGACGUGUUGUAGCAAGCAUCGAAACAUUUAAAGAUGCUCAAGAAUGCAUUGAUUUUCUCCGUGCCAUUACAAAUGAAAAGGUAUUCAUGAUCGUAUCUGGUUCAUUGGGACGACAAAUAAUAACAGAUAUUGAAGGAUGGCCACAAUUGGAGUCAGUUUAUGUAUUCUGUCGCAACCAAGCGAUACACGAACAAUGGGCCAACAAAAUAUACAAGGUUAAGGGUGUGUAUACCAAAAUCAAACCAAUUUGUAAGGCCUUGCAACUCGAUCGUGAAAAUUGUGAUCGAGCUAUGAUCUCAGUCACUUUUAAUGGUCUCGAUCCUCUAUUCAUGUAUACACAACUGUUAAAAGAAGCACUCUUGGAGAUCGAAGAUGAUGAUAAAAAAUCCAUCAAAGAUUUGGCCGAUUAUUGUUGUGAACAAGACGAUAUUCCUGAAGACCAAAUCAAACAAGUCGAACUUGAAUAUCGCAAGCAUACACCCAUUUGGUGGUAUACAGCUGAAACAUUUAUGUAUCCAAUGCUCAAUCGUGGACUUCGACAAAUGGAUGUCGACAUUAUUCUCAAAAUGGGAUUUUUCAUCCGGCAUCUGCACAACCAUAUUACACAAUUACAUCAGGAACAACAAGGCAGCAUGCCGACAAAUUUUCAAGUCUUUCGUGGACAAGGUUUGUCCAUGGAAGACUUUGAAAAAAUGAAAAAAACCAAAGGAGGACUUAUGUCCUUUAAUAAUUUCUUAUCGACCAGUCGCAAUCGCACGACCUCAUUGGACAAUUUCGCACGACCAGCUACAAACAAUCCCAAUUCAGUCGGCAUACUCUUUGUUAUGAACAUUGAUACGGCGAUUUGCAUGAAAUCAUCGACACCAUUUGCUGAAGUAAGCAAAGUUGGCUACUACAAAGAUAAAGAAGAAGAGAUACUUUUUUCAACACAUACAAUUUUUCGCAUCAACCGGAUCGAACGAAUUCCCGACGAGCAUACGGAUCGCCUAUGGCAAGUCAAUCUCACCCUCGCAGGCAAUCAAGAUGAUGACUUUAACAAACUCACGGCACACCUGCGAGAGGAACUUAAUUGGGCAAAAGGAUGGGCUCGACUGGGUCAUAUACUUAUUCAACUAGGUGAGCCUGCAAAAGCAGAACAUCUUUAUCAGAUACUCAUUGAGACGGCAACUUCUGAUAAAGCUCGAGGUGACUGCAAUCAUAUGCUUGGUUGGGUGUAUUACGGCCUUGGAGAGUACUCCAAGGCGAUAACAUUUUACGAACAAGCACUCGAUAUAAAAGAAAAAACUGUCCCUCAAAAUCUUCCCGACUUGGCUGCUUCCUACAACAACAUCGGUAUGGUGUAUAAUAACAUAGGCGAGUACUCGAAAGCACUUUCAUUGUAUGAACGAUCACUUGAAAUCCGAAAAAUAGCUCUCCCUCCAAAUCAUCCCGACUUCGCACAAUCCUACAACAACAUCGGUUUGGUGUAUGAUAACAUGGGCGAGUACUCGAAAGCACUUUCAUCGUAUGAACGAUCACUUGAAAUCCGGAAAAUAGCUCUCCCUCCAAAUCAUCCCGACUUGGCUUCUUCCUACAACAACAUCGGUUUGGUGUACGAUAACAUGGGCGAGUACCCGAAAGCAUUUACAUAUUACGAAAAAGCUCAAGAAAUCGGGAAAAAAUCACUGCCUCUAACACAUCCACAUAUUGCCCUGGUGAAAAGAAACACUGAAGAUGUGAAAAAGAAAAUGGAAUUUUUUUUUAUUUUGAAAAGAGAAAAUAAAUUGCCCUUUUCUUGA